AUGAUGAUGGAUCAGGCUCACUUCGGGGAGUACUUGUUGAGGCAACAAAUGUUGCACGCUGCGUCCCUCAGCGGUUUGCAACACCGCGUGGGUGCGGAUGCCGAACCGCCGGCUUGCGAGGCACGCCUGCUCAAUGGCGACCUCUGGCGGCGCUUCCACGACAUCGGCACUGAAAUGAUCAUUACUAAGGGAGGAAGACGCAUGUUCCCAUCGCUCCGCAUCUCGCUGGGUGGGCUGGACCCUCGUGAGGAGUACUGCGUUCUACUGGAGCUGUCCCUCGUUGGCCGACGGCGCUGGCGCUGGGCUGGCGGAGCUUGGGCAGCUGCUGGUGGUGCCGAACCUCAGUCUCCGAGGCGGCUCAUGCUACACCCUGACUCCCCAGCACCUGGCCACCACUGGACUGCUAACCCAGUUUCCUUCAGCAAAUUAAAACUUACUAAUAAUACAAUGGAUGCACAAGGACAUAUGGUUCUGACUUCCAUGCACAAGUACCGACCCCGAGUUCUGGUGGUGCGUGCUCGUGAUGCUGCAGCGCUCGCCUGGGGAGCGCCCCACGCGUCCUUCUCCUUCCCCGAGACGGAGUUCAUUGCUGUCACCGCUUAUCAGAAUGACCGCAUAACAAAAUUGAAAAUCGACAACAACCCGUUCGCUAAAGGCUUCAGAGCGUGUGGCCAGUCUAAGUGCAAGCGAAAGAAUCCAGACUCUGGUAGCGAAGGCAAUCCAGAGCCUAGCGCGGAACCCACUGACGCCAAGAGACCUUGUUCCGAUGCCGCGUCCUCUUGUUCCGAGGAGGGCAGCCUACGCUCCUCAUCGCCGAGGUCGCCGCCUUUAGUGGAAUCCCCUGCGCCACUCGUCACACCUCCAGAGAACAUAACUCCCCCACCAGCCGCGUUCUACCCUCCAGAGUUACCGUACCUGGGACCACUACAUAUGCCGAUGCCCCUAGGCCUUUGGCCCAGCAGUCCCAUGGCUAGCGGAUUCUCGUGGGGCCCCGCGCUACCGCCGCCCCUACCGCCGGCGCCUUCGCCCCCUGCCGCGCCGGCGCCCUGCCGACGGGUAAAGAGCUUCACGAUCAGCGCUCUACUCGGUGAAGGCUGA